AUGCUGUGCGUCCUGAGACUGAGGGGGUCUCUCACUACGCUUGGGAGGUGCGCGGUACAUGGGUUCCGGAGGAGGCACCGCAUUGCACAUCCAUGGCCCGGCCGGCCGCCCAGCCGCCGCCAGCUCGGCUCCCACACGUACUCUGCCGCACUCUCCCCGCGGGGAUCCGACCGACCCAUGAUCAUGUUGGUGCGCAGGGUGGUGGUUGUGCUAGAGGCACCCCCGCAGCUGGAGCAGAGGCUGAAGGGCCAUGAUCAAAGUAUCAGCAAGGCUGGCAAGAGGAGCCUGAACCAGGAGAAGAUGCUCCAGAUGCACCAGGACCAUGAGGCCACGCCCUUGGAGAUGAUCUUGAUCUUCUUCUCUGCCCUGACCACAGUCCAGGUGGUGUGGAGUAAGGGUGGUGCUGUUGCUGGUGUCGGAACGCAGUUGGUAAUCGUGCUGCAGGUGUGGGUCAUCCCUUUGUUCUUCACAACAAAGCUCUAGCUGGUGGUUUCUGUGUGGGGAAUGUUGUUCUCCAUUGUUAAGAGUUACAUCCUCUUCAGAGCUACCCAGAAACCGCUUUCAGGGCGAGCACCAAGAUCGGUCUACAAAUGGGUUCUUCUAGUCUGCAAGAUCAGUUAUGCACUUGGUGUAGUGGGUCAUUUGGUCGUCACGUGCACAAUGUGCGGAAUCAAUCUGAUAUUGGAAAUCAAAUCUAGAGAUUCCAUGGAUUUUGAGAUUGGAUCCUUGUCCAUGUAUGGCCUUUACUAUGAAAUAAUGGGGAGAGACUUUGCUGAGAUCUGCUCAGACCUCGUGGCAUCUACUCUAAGGGGUACUGGUGAUUUCUUUUUCUACAGUGUCAGUGGGAUCCCCACCAGGAGCCUAUCAGGCGACAUCUGUGAGAUUUGAAGGCAGAAGAUCCUUGUGGCACAUGACAAAAAAGGGCUCAUUAAAAACACCUACCAGUUGUCAUGUAGCCACAUCUUUCAUGAAUUCUACAUCCAAGGCUGGUGUAUCAGAGGGAAGAAGCAGCCUUGCCCUUGCUGCAAAGAGAACGUCGGUCUGAAGAGGAUGAUCCAUAACCCCUGGGAGAGCACACACAUGCAUGGGAAGAUCUUGGAUUGGCUUCAUUACUUGGUGGCCUGGCAGCCCGCAGUGAUUGGAAUAGUUCAAGGCAUUAACUGUUUCCUGAAGGAGGAAUAG